UGACGAUAAACAAUCGGCACAUCCGUCGCUGCAGGGGUUUCACACCGCCUCUGCUGUGGCGCGUCACUCAUUGGUUCUGACCCCUCGCUCGUGCAUAAUUCGAGACCCCACCAUCAAGCACAAUUCAGCAUCCAGCUCAAACCCACCUCCGACUUUGUCUCCUUUCUCGCUCCGUCGUGACAGGAGUUCAUCCCAUCUUCUACUCAGAAAGCAAGAGACACGCAAGAAGGAAGACUGAAAAUUAGAGAGCGGAAAGUAAAGAUACAGUCAAGAUGACGAGAGGAGAGAUUCUACACCUACACAUCGGCCAAGCCGGCACCCAACUCGGAAACAGCGCCUGGGAACUAUACCUCCUCGAACACGGCCUCAAGCAAGAUGGACGUCCCGACCCCGACGCCAAAGCCCUCCACGAUUCCGGCGAGCUCGACACCGUGUUCACGGAAACGGGAUCCGGGAAGUACGUCCCGCGCUCCAUCUUCGUGGACCUGGACCCGUCGCCUAUAGAUGAGAUCCGUACGGGGGAUUAUAGACAACUGUUCCAUCCCGAGUUGUUGAUUAGUGGGAAGGAGGAUGCAGCGAAUAAUUAUGCUAGGGGUCAUUAUACGAUUGGGAAGGAGAUUUUGGAUGGCACGCUGGAUAAGAUUAGACGGGUUUUGGAUAACUGCUCCUCCCUCCAAGGCUUCCUAAUCUUCCACUCCUUCGGUGGAGGAACCGGCUCAGGCUUUGGCUCCCUCCUCCUCGAACGCCUCUCCACAGACUACGGCAAGAAAUCCAAACUCGAAUUCGCCGUCUACCCCGCGCCCCGCGUCUCCACCGCCGUCGUCGAACCCUACAACGCCGUCCUAUCCACGCACUCCACCAUCGAGAACUCGGACUGUACUUUCCUGGUCGACAACGAGGCCGUGUACGACAUCUGUCGUCGAAACCUCGACAUCCCUCGUCCGUCCUUCGAGCAUCUUAAUCGAUUGAUCGCGCAGGUUGUGAGCUCGAUUACGAGUAGUUUGAGGUUUGACGGCGCGUUGAAUGUCGAUUUGAAUGAGUUCCAGACGAAUCUCGUGCCGUAUCCUAGGAUCCAUUAUCCGUUGAUCAGUUACGCGCCUGUGAUUUCGGCGGCGAAGAGUAGUCAUGAGAGUUUCAAGACGCAGGAUUUGACUUUGCAAUGCUUCGAACCCAACAACCAAAUGGUAGUCUGUGACCCCCGCAACGGCAAAUACAUGGCCGUCGCACUCCUCUACCGCGGCGACGUCGUCCCCCGCGACUGCAACGCCGCCGUCGCCUCCCUCAAAGCCAAGACCUCCUUCAACCUCGUCGAAUGGUGCCCCACGGGCUUCAAGCUCGGCAUCAACUACCAAAAACCCAUGUCGGUGCCCUCUACGUCUCCCAACGAUGGCGCGCUGGCGUCCGUGGACAGGAGCGUCAGUAUGCUGAGCAAUACGACGGCGAUUGCGGAGGCGUGGUCUAGGUUGGAUCAUAAGUUCGAUCUGAUGUAUAGUAAGCGCGCGUUUGUGCAUUGGUAUGUGGGUGAGGGCAUGGAGGAGGGGGAGUUUAGUGAGGCGAGGGAGGAUUUGGCGGCGUUGGAGAAGGAUUAUGAGGAGGUUGCUGCGGAUAGCUUUGAGCCUGGGGAGGGCGAGGAAGAGUAUUAGUGAGUGAGCAGGUAUGCGAGCAUUGGGUUGUGAAUGUUCGAGGGAGUAAGUAGAUGCGCGAAUUUCGGGAUGUAAACAUCGGAGCGUGGUUCGGGUGUGAAGGUCGAUGUCUGUGUGUGGCACGCGAACACAAUGUUUCUGCUUUGGAUACAUGUUUUGGCAAUGCAAUGUGUGGAGCGAAUACCUUUCCUUUUUUGCGGGUGGUGGAUUUUUUCAUGCAAGCAAGAAAUAACACAAGAAAGAAAAUAGGUAGUGGGAGUAGGUAGAGUAGU